CAUUGCGCGGCUCGGUGCGGCUCACCGGCAACGAGUUCGUUAGGUUUGCAAUUAGUCAUUAUUGAUGCAAUGACAGUGAGCUAUUUGCCUAAAUUACGGCAUCUUCCCUUCCGUGACGCGUGGUGAACGUGAUUCCUACAGCGAUUGCCGGUACCAGGCCGCACUUCUUGGUGAAGCUGUGAGAAGCGUGUUAUUGUUUUGCUCCGAUCUUCGAUCUAGCCUAAGCUCGUGCGUCGUACUUUUCCGUGAACAGCACAACAUCACGGAAAAGGGUAAAAUAUUUACCAGGUUACCAUUACAUUUUCGGCCAAGGGGUAUUGUUACCAUGCAACCACCCAUUAGCUUCCCAAGCACCCCAAUGGUGGAGGUCGGUGCUGGCGUACAAUUCCAGUGCUCGAUCAUAAACGAUCAUUCCGCCGGCUCGGUCCGUUUUGCAAUCAAUUUCAUCGGGAAAAAUAAUAACAAUCACAAACAACAAUCAAACAUUGUAACGACGCGGCAUAGGGUGUGUGUGAUGAAAUCAUGGUCAGCUUUGCUGGGGAAGAGUGGCCAGCACUCCCGGGAGCAUUGGGGUGGGGUUUGUCCGAGUUUCACGUUUCACAUGGAAGGAAAUGGGUUUGGUCCAGUCGGCUGACGGGGUAGCCCGCGAUCGGCCCGAACAAUACCGCUAAUGGCCUUCGUUCGUCGUCGAACGAUCCACUCGAUCGAGGUCUGGGAAUUGAUAGGUUUCGGGCAAACGAGUGCACAGAAAAACGCGCGCUGCAAACUACCGCCAUGUCUGUACUGCGGACACUGACACUGUUGGCCAUCGGUGCCACUGUCGUGCUGGCCCAGCGUCGCCUAGCCCUGCCAGAUCCCCGAAGCUGCGCCAACCGUGUACGACAUGCGACGUACCGUGAUGCCCGCGGAGUAGCGCAUUCGUACUUCUUCAGCUGGGAACACGCGCCGACCCGCAGCCUGGAGGUUGACUGGCUCGAUGCCCGUAACAUCUGCCGACGACACUGCAUGGAUGCCGUCUCGAUGGAGACGCCCCAGGAGAACGAGUUCAUCAAGCAGCGCAUCGCCCGUGGUAACGUUCGCUACAUCUGGACGUCUGGGCGCAAGUGUAACUUUGCCGGAUGCGAUCGUCCGGAUCUGCAGCCCCCGAACGAGAACGGCUGGUUCUGGUCCGGCUCGGGCGUCAAGAUUGGACCGACCACGCAGCGCAACACUGGCGACUGGAGCUACACCGGCGGAUACGGCCAACAGCAACCGGACAACCGUGAGGCGGCUCAGGGUAACGAUGAAUCGUGCCUGUCGAUCCUGAACAACUUCUACAACGAUGGGCUGAAGUGGCACGACGUUGCCUGUCACCAUCUGAAGCCGUUCGUGUGCGAAGAUUCGGACGAGCUGCUGAACUUUGUUCGCUCCCGCAACCCGGGCAUCCGUCUGUAAGGAUGGAGUGUCUCGCAGUGGAAUUUGGACUCGUGUGAGUGUGAUGAUGACGCGUCGACACACACACACAUGAGAAGAUGCGCAUCCCUUGCACACCGGAACAGAAAACAUCAUUCGUUAGUGCAUUAGCGAGACAUGUUACUGCAUUUUUGUGUGUAUGAAUCGCUCAAGAGAAAGGGAAAGAGAGAUGAAGUUUCAGCAUUACUAUUCCACCGUCGAUCGGGAAUGACCAGUUGAUUGGUUUCGUUUCGAUCUGUAACGUACAAGCCAGCAAACGCCACCUUCCCUGAGUAACUGAGUAAUGCGACUAAAAUGCUACUAAAGCAGCACAACGCACCACCGCAGCAGUUUCGGAGCCGGCCAAGGCAGUUUGUUGGAACGGGCCAAGCGUUGCUUCGUGUGCGUGUUUUUUUUAUGUAGAUCUGUUUUGUAUUGUAACUCUGUUUAAUUUCUAUUUAUUGUACUAUAAGAAAGUCUUCAACCAGUUUUUGGACCAUCAGCAGUAUCGCCAAGACACGCCUGGAGACAAAUAAAAGAAGAAAUGGGCGGAAAGAGAGGUUAAAAAUUGAAUCAGACAAGGUCAGAUGGUUAAGAUCGGCAUACAUUGAAUAUUUUGAAAUCAUGGAAAAUGUCAAACAACACGAAAAGAAUUGGAUGAAUCGUUGUUUUUAAAUUUGUAAGUUUUUGUUUUCACUUGAAUGAGAAUAAAAAGUACGGAAAUACUGUUAAAUAA